GUCACCGUUCGGCUGUACAGUGUUGGAAGGCCCAGUCCCGAGCCCCGAACACCCUCCGUCCCCGAGGCGCGGGAACGCUGCAGCCCUUCCCGCGCUGCGCGUGCCCGAGGAGGCAGAGUUAAGGUUAUCCGAUCCCGCCAGGGCGCUAACGCUGCGUUCCCCGCAGCGGGUGGGACCCGGCCCGGGGUUUGCUGGCUCCGCUGCGUCCCCAGGCCGGGCCCUGAGCUCGCCCGCCCGCCCGCCCGCCCGCCUGCCUGUGGAGCCCGCUGCCCAGGAGACCCACCGGCUCUGGCGGCCUCUCGCGCCCCGACUCCCGGCCGGCCCGGCGACGCCCCCCCCCCGCUCCCGGCGCGAGCGGGUGACACCAUCACGCGGCGCGGCGGGCGGGUCUCACACACACGCUUCGCUCCCACGAUGGCGGCGGCAGCCUGGGGUUGCCGGAAAUGCCUUGUCAGUGGCACAAAGCUUAUAUAUGGAAGAUACCCAGCUCCAGUAUUCCCUAGUGGCAUUGUUUAUAGAAUGGGCACGCCUGUUUUAGAGCUACAUCAGUCUAGAUAUUAUUCUUCUGGAGGCAGAAAAGGCUUUAUAUCAGGUUUUGUGGACAACAUCAAACAGGAAUUAUCAAAAAAUAAAGAGAUGAAAGAAAGUAUUAAAAAAUUCCGGGAUGAAGCUAAAAAGCUAGAAGAAUCUGAUGCGCUCCAGGAAGCAAGGAGGAAAUAUAAAACCAUUGAAUCUGAAACGGUUAAGACCUCUGAAGUGAUUAAAAAGAAGCUUGGAGAAAUAACCGGAUCAGUCAAAGAGAGUUUGGAUGAAGUAAGUAAGAGUGAUAUUGGUCGAAAGAUAAAAGAAGGUGUGGAAGAAGCUACCAAAACAGCAAAGCAAUCUGCAGAAUCAGUCACCAAAGGAGGGGAGAAACUGGGCAAGACAGCAGCAUUUAAAGCAAUCUCCCAGGGAGUAGAAACAGUGAAGAAGGAAAUAGACGAAAGCGUUCUGGGGCAGAUGGGUCCUUACAGACGUCCUGAGCGACUUAGGAAAAGAACAGAAUUUGCUGGAGAGAAGGUCAAAGAGAGAAUAUUUGAAGCUAAUGAGGAGGCGAUGGGUGUGGUGCUGCACAAGGAUUCCAAAUGGUAUCAGCAGUGGAAAGAUUUCAAGGACAACAAUGUGGUCUUCAAUAGGUUCUUUGAAAUGAAGAUGAAGUAUGAUGAAAGCGAUAAUGCCUUCAUUCGGGCAUCCAGAGCUGUUACAGACAAAGUCACCGAUUUAAUAGGUGGACUGUUCUCGAAGACAGAAAUGUCAGAGGUUUUGACAGAGAUUCUCAAAGUGGACCCAGCUUUUGACAAGGAUCGGUUUCUAAAGCAAUGUGAGAACGACAUAAUCCCCAAUGUCCUGGAGGCUAUGAUAUCUGGAGACCUGGAUGUCCUCAAAGAUUGGUGCUAUGAAGCAACUUAUAGUCAGCUUGCUCAUCCAAUCCAACAAGCCAAAGCAAUGGGUCUCCUGUUCCACUCCAGAAUUCUUGACAUUGACAACAUUGAUCUUGCUAUGGGGAAGAUGAUGGAGCAGGGACCCGUAUUAAUUAUCACUUUCCAGGCUCAACUUGUUAUGAUGAUUAAAAAUCAGAAAGGAGAGGUGGUAGAAGGAGAUCCGGACAAAGUUCUGCGGAUGCUGUAUGUGUGGGCGCUCUGCAGAGACCAGGAUGAACUCAACCCGUAUGCUGCUUGGAGGUUAUUGGACAUUUCUGCUUCAAGCACAGAGCAGAUCCUCUAAGAACGCCAUCCAAGAGCUUCCUACACCUCUCACUUGCACCAGUGCCAUGUCUGAACUUGCAGCAGCCUGCCGUGUAAGGAGGAAGCUGUGGGGAACAGUCAGAAGAGGCAGCUACUGGGUGUGCCAUCACUUUCCCAGUCCCUGAUGUGACCUGCCUGGGACUGACAUGGCUACCCUGGGCACAGCGCUAGCUUUACGCUGUAGGAAUGUGCAGUAGAUUAAGUGUAACUGAUUUAAGACACUAGCAGCUGCUGUUGGUUCCUUUUUAAAUCUUGGCUGGAGGAGGCUGGCCUCUUUCCUC